UCUUGCUCUGGAUGAGCCGACCUGGAUUCAGCCAUAUUCCCACUGAUCAGCCACACCGGCAGGCGCCUCAAACUGGCCCAAAAAACGGCCGUGGACUCCCGGUACGCAGACGCCCGGUUCUGACGGACGCCCCUACGGUUCACCCGGACCGGCUCCGGACCUCCUGGAUCUUUCCACCGGGCCGACAGAGCGACCUGCGGGCAUGGAGUCGCGGCGGUCAGCCUGAGAGUCGACGCUCCUUCCAGACGGUUUCCGAGAGGAAAGUCCAGAUUUACCGGAUUAAAAACCGAUGCGCGGCGCGGACGGCCGCGGGCCCGCUGGCUGCUCGACCCACGACGCGACGCGGCGGCCGUAGCGGAGCCGAGUUCGGCCCGAACCCAGCGGAACCCGCGGCGGCUCAAAAUGUCGGGAAUGUUUUCCCGGAGCUAACGGGCUAGCUGCUGCUAGCAGCCUCGGCCGGAAGCGGAGCCUCGGCGGCGGCGGCGGCGGCGGCGCGCGCACUCGGCCAGCGGGGCGGACGGCGAACGGCGGCGGUCUCACCGGGAAGGAGGAGCGGCUGAGCCCGGCGGGAUGUCGGCCCAGGAGCGGCUGCGGCGGCUGGAGGAGCUGCUGCUGGAGCAGCAGGAGGCGGGCUGCCUGAGCGUGGAGGCGCUGCUGGACCUGCUGCUCUGCCUCUACUCGGAAUGCUCCAACUCCCCGCUGAAGAGGGAGAAGCACGUCACCGACUUCCUCAACUGGGUGAAGCCGUUCACCAGCAGGGUGAAGGACAUGCGGCUGAAGAGAGACGACUUCGAGAUGCUGAAGGUGAUUGGACGAGGAGCCUUCGGCGAGGUCGCCGUGGUGAAGAUGAAGAACACGGAGCGGGUCUAUGCCAUGAAGAUCCUCAACAAGUGGGAGAUGCUGAAGAGGGCUGAGACGGCGUGUUUCCGGGAGGAGCGGGACGUCCUGGUGAAAGGGGACAGCCAGUGGAUCACCACGCUGCACUACGCCUUCCAGGACGACAACUUCCUGUACCUGGUCAUGGACUACUACGUGGGCGGGGACCUGCUGACGCUGCUCAGCAAGUUUGAGGACCGUCUUCCUGAAGACAUGGCCCGGUUCUACGUGGCGGAGAUGGUUCUGGCCGUCCACUCCAUCCACCAGCAGCGCUACAUCCACAGAGACAUCAAGCCGGACAACGUCCUCCUGGACGUCAACGGCCACAUCCGGCUGGCCGACUUCGGCUCCUGCCUGCGGAUGAUGGAGGACGGCACGGUUCAGUCCUCGGUGGCGGUCGGGACGCCGGACUACAUCUCCCCAGAGAUCCUGCAGGCCAUGGAGGACGGCAUGGGCCGCUACGGCCCCGAGUGCGACUGGUGGUCUCUGGGCGUGUGCAUGUACGAGAUGCUGUACGGCGAGACGCCGUUCUACGCCGAGUCGCUGGUGGAGACCUACGGGAAGAUCAUGAACCACGAGGAGCGCUUCCAGUUCCCCGCCCACGUCAGCGACGUCUCGGAGGACGCCAAGGACCUGAUCCAGCGCCUGAUCUGCUCCCGGGACCGCCGCCUCGGCCUCAACGGCAUCUCCGACUUCAAGAGCCACCCGUUCUUCGCCGGCAUCGACUGGGACAACAUCCGCUCCGCCGAGGCGCCGUACAUCCCCGACGUGUCCUCGCCCACCGACACGUCCAACUUCGACGUGGACGACGACGUGCUGAAGAACCCGGACAUCGGGCCGCCGGUGUCGCACACCGGCUUCACCGGGCAGCACCUCCCCUUCGUGGGCUUCACCUUCACCACCGACAGCUGCUUCUCCGACCGCAGCGCCGUCAGCCGGGCGGCGCUGGGCGUCCGGACCGAGCCGGACGGCGGCGGCGGCGGCGGCGGGGGGGGGCAGGAGGUGGAGGCCUUCGAGAAAAGGAUCCGCCGCCUGGAGCAGGAGAAGCUGGAGCUGAACCGUAAACUGCAAGAGUCCACUCAGGCCCUGCAGGCGCCGGCGCGGGGGGGCACGCUGGCCCGCGACAAGGAGAUCAAGAAGCUGAACGAGGAGAUCGAGCGUCUGAAGAAGAAGCUGGCAGACUCGGACCGGCUGGAGCACCAGCUGGAGGAGGCCGUGACGCUGCGGCAGGACUACGAGAGCUCCGCCUCCAAGCUGAGGAGCCUGGAGAAGCAGGUGAAGACGCUGCGGCAGGAGAAGGAGGACACCCACAAGCAGCUGGCCGACUCCCUGGAGCGCCUCCGGAGCCAGACCAAGGAGCUGAAGGAGGCGCACUCGCAGAGGAAGCUGGCCCUGCAGGAGUUCUCGGAGCUGUCGGAGAGGAUGGCCGAGCUGCGCUCCUCCAAGCAGCGGCUGUCCCGCCAGCUGAGGGACAAGGAGGAGGAGAUGGACGCGCUGCUGCAGAAGAUGGACGCCCUGAGGCUGGACAUCCGCAAGACCGAGAAGAACCGCAAGGAGCUGGAGGCCGAGCUGGACGAGGCGAAGGCGGAGGCCUCCAAGGAGCGCAAGCUGCGGGAGAACAGCGAGGUUUACUCCAAGCAGCUGGAGACGGAGCUGCGAAGCCUCAAGUCCCAGCAGGGCCGGGGAGCGGCAGCGGCGGGCGGAGGAGGAGGAGGAGGAGGAGGAGGAGCAGAGUCUCAGCAGGAGCUGUCCCGUCUGAAGGCGGAGCUGGACAAGAAGGUUCUGUUCUACGAGGAGGAGCUGCUGAGGAAGGACUCGGCCCACUCCGGCGAGAUCAAGAACCUGCGCAAAGACCUGCAGGAGUCCGAGGGGGCGCGGCUCGCCGCCAACAAGGAGCUGCUGCAGCUGCGAGACAAGCUGGACAAAGCCAACCGGGACCGGCAGAACGAGAUGGACGAAGCCGUAGCGGCGCUGAAGGAGAAACACGAGCGGGAGAAGAACAUGCUGACGGAGGAGAACCGCAAACUGACGGCAGAGACGGACAAGCUGUGCUCCUUCGUGGACAACCUGACGGCUCAGAACCGGCAGCUGGAGGACGACCUGCAGGACCUGUCCUCCAAGAAGGAGAGCGUGGCCCACUGGGAGGCUCAGAUCGCAGAAAUCAUCCAGUGGGUCAGCGAUGAGAAGGACGCCCGCGGCUACCUGCAGGCUCUGGCCACCAAGAUGACGGAGGAGCUGGAGACCCUGAGGAGCUCCAGCCUGGGCAGCAGGCCGCUGGACCCGCUGUGGAAGGUGCGUCGCAGCCAGAAGCUGGACAUGUCGGCCCGUCUGGAGCUGCAGUCGGCCCUGGAAGCUGAGCUUAGGGCCAAGCAGGUGGUUCAGGAGGAGCUGCGCAAAGUCAAGGCCGCCAACCUCAACCUGGAGAGCAAGCUGAAGGAGUCUGAGGAGAAGAGGCGGGAGGUGGUGGAACAGGUGGACCACCUGAAGAAGGAGAUGGAGGAGAGAAGCUCCCGCUCCGACAAAGGUCUGAAGCUGCCGGACUUCCAGGACUCCAUCUUUGAUUACUUCAACACGUCUCCUCUGGCUGCGGACCUCACCUUCAGGGCGUCACUUUGCUCCGCCUCCUCCCUGCUCGCCCUUUGGGAAGAAGGCGCAGAUUUAGACUCCACCCCCGGGAAGUCGGACUCGGCGCCCCCCUCGCCUUGCUUCGUCUCUGAGAAUGAGGAAGGGAAAGCGGCGGCGGUCCCUGAAAGCCCCUCCCCCGUCCCACAGAGCUCAGCGCUGGCGGCGCCAAAGCCCAAAGCUCACCAGCUGAGCAUCAAAACCUUCUCCAGCCCCACGCUGUGCUCCCAUUGCACGUCCCUGAUGGUGGGUCUCAGUCGGCAGGGGUACGCCUGCGAAGUGUGCUCCUUCAUCUGCCACGUCGGCUGCAAAGACCACGCCCCCCUCGUCUGCCCCAUCCCGGUGGAGCAGGCCAAGAGGCUGCAGGGCUUCGACAUCCAGAGGGGCAUCGGCACGGCGUACAAGGGCUACGUCAAGGUCCCGAAGCCCAGCGGCGUGAAGAAGGGCUGGCAGCGAGCGUUCGCUGUCGUUUCCGACUGUAAGCUGUUCCUCUACGACAUUCCAGAGGGGAAGUCCACCCAGCCGGGCGUGGUGGCCAGUCUGGUCCUGGACCUCAGAGAUGAAGAGCUGUCCGUCAGCUCCGUGUUGCCGUCUGACGUGAUCCACGCCACCAGGAAGGACAUCCCCUGCAUCUUCAGGGUGACGUCGUCGCAGCUGGCCUCGCAGUUCUCCUCCGUGUCGCUGCUGGUGCUGGCGGAGAGCGAGGCGGAGAAGAAGCGCUGGGUCCGUGUCCUGGAGAGCCUGCAGAACAUCCUGACCAAGAACCAGCUGAAGAGCCAGCAGGUCCACGUGCUGCACGAAGCGUACGACGCCUCGCUGCCGCUCAUCAAGACGGCGCUGUGUGCCUCCGUGCUCGAUCGGGAGCGGAUGGCUCUGGGAACGGAGGAGGGGCUGUUUGUUGUCGAGGUUACGAGAGACGUGAUCGUCCGCGCCGCCGACAGCAAGAAGGUUUAUCAGAUCGAGCUCAUCCCCAAGGAGAAGAUCGUCGCCCUGCUCUGCGGCCGGAACCGGCAGGUCCACCUUUACCCCUGGGGGGUUCUGGAGGGAGUGGAGUCGUCCUUCGACACCAAGCUGGCAGAGACCAAGAACUGCCAGGUGCUGACGACGGGGGUGCUCCGCCCCGGAGGCCCCGCCUGCCUGCUGGCUGCUGCUAAACGUCAGGUCCAGUGCUACGAGAUCAGCCGGGCCAAGCCGUACCAUAAGAAGCUGUGGGAGGUGCAGGCGCCCGGCACGGUCCAGUGGCUGGGGAUGCUGCGGGACCGGCUGUGCGUGGGCUACUCGUCGGGCUUCGCCCUGCUGGCGCUGCAGGGCGAGUCGUCGCCCAUCAGCCUGGUCAACCUGGCCGACCCGUCUCUGGCCUUCCUGUCCCAGCAGCCCAUGGACGCCCUGCACGCCCUGGAGGUCGGCGCCAGCGAGAUCCUGCUCUGCUUCAGCCAGCUGGGCGUCUACGUGGACGGCCAGGGCCGGCGCUCCCGCACCCAGGAGCUGAUGUGGCCCGCCCAGCCGCUGGCAUGCUGUUCUAACUCGUCUCAUCUGACGGUCUACAGCGAGUACGGCGUCGACGUCUUCGACAUUCACACCACCGAGUGGGUCCAGACCGUCUCCCUCCACAAGCUCCGCCCCCUGAACGCCGAGGGGACGCUGAACCUGCUGAGCUCAGAACCUCCUCGUCUGAUUUACUUCAGCAACGCCUCGUCAGAGGGAGACCUGGCCAUCCCGGAGACGUCGGACCACCGCAGGAGGCUGAUGGUUCGGACCCGCAGCAAAAGGAAGUUCCUCUUUAAGGUUCCUGAGGAGGAGCGGCUCCAGCAGAGGAGGGAGAUGCUGAAGGACCCGGAGCUCCGGUCCAGGAUGAUCUCCAACCCGACCAACUUCAACCACGUGGCCCACAUGGGACCAGGAGACGGCAUGCAGGUCCUGAUGGACCUCCCCCUGGUUGGUGACCUCACCUCCCUCUCAUCCUCCCCGUCUCCUUCUCCCUCCUCCUCCUCCUCCUCCUCCCGUCACACCCUCAUAUCCCCCCCCUCCAACUUUGAGCACAUCUAUCACAUGACGUCGGCAUCGGCCGGCGCCUUCUUGCAGAAGGAGGCCUCCUCUUCCUCCUCCUCCCAGCAGAGCCUCCUGCAGCCUUCCUCCUCCUCCUCUUCUCCCUCCAUCUCCUCUUUGGGAAGGGGUGUGAUGCCCUCCUCUCAGGACGACCCAAUUAGAGAUAAGCCCCGCCCACUUUCCAGCAUCUCCCGGCAACACAGAAGCAAGUCUCACAUCACUCGCACGGCUUCAGAUUUCAGCGGAGGAGCUUCCACACGCAGCACCCCUGACCCGGACCAGGAUCUGGACCGGGAGCCGGACUCGGACUCCACCAAACACUCGACCCCCUCCAACAGCUCCAACCCCAGCAGCCCCCCCAGCCCCAACUCCCCCCACCGCAGCCAGCUCACCCUGGACGGUUUGGACAUGGAGCCCUGAGCCCCGCCCCCUUGCACACUUUUAGGCCCCGCCCACCAGGUAUUUGGGGCGGGGCCUGUUUGAACAGACUGAAGACUGAGAGUUUAGCUUUUACUUUGAGGAUUUUAUCGUGACAGAGUGAGUCUGAGAUAUUACUGCUGCUUUUACUUGGAUGGAUUUUACCUGCCGGGAAGCCCCCCCCCCCCCCCCCCCCCCCCCCCCCCAUCACCUGGUUUUAACCCACGCUGACGGCCCAGGGACCAGACACUUCCUGUUCUUCCUCUUCUGUAUUAAAAACACUUUCCAUUAAGCUUCGGCACGUGUUAGCCGCUCAGACGGGAGGUCUCACUCUGAAGGAAAAAAAAAAAAAAGAGAAAAACACUGUAUUAAUUAUUUUAAAGUUUUGUUAAACUUGCACAUCAUCAUCAUCAUCGUUGUUGUUGUAGGAGAGAAAUAAUCUUUGAUUUGUAAGUGAUGAUCUUUACUCUAACCCCCCCACCCCCACCCUUCUUUAAUCUGACUCCGCCCUCUUGCUCCAGGGGGCGGAGUCACACCUGGACACUACUGCUUUUACUUCUUCCAGAAUCAGUUAAAGAAUAUUUGUAAUGAUAAAAUGUUUAGCAGCCAAAAAACCACAAUAAACAGACCAGAGGAGAGUCUGAGCGUCUCACCUGUACAGGUAAAGCACCACGCCCCACCUGACCAGGUAGGGAGGGGGGGGUGGAUCAGUUUAAUGGUUACAGGAAACCGCUAACUAGAAACAUUCGGGUCUUUAUGAAUAAACCUCUGUGCAUCUUAAGGUCAAUAAAACAAAAGGUGGUUUAA